AUGGGCGUGCGGACAAGCUGGCUCUUCCCCGACCUGGCCAGGAUACAAGAUACCACACAGGACCUUCCCCUACCACCCACCAUGCCUCACCAGGAUGAGGCCGCAGGGCUUCCUGAGGCAGGCGGCGUGGGCCUUGCACACACCUGGCUGGUGUGCACUUGUAAAGAUGGCAACGGUAACGCCUACUUGGUGGAAAGGUCGGGAAGAAAACGCGAGAUUAUGUAUGUGGAGCUUGUAGUGGGGGCCACCGAGAAGGCUCGAAGUCAAAGGCCCACCAACUCCAAGGCCAGGGGCGCCACUGGCAGCUUCAAAUUGGUUCCCAAGCAUAAAAGGAAAGUCCAACCCAGGAAGACAUCCACCAAGACUGCCCCCAGGAAACCCAGUGAGGCCAAGGAGAAGGUGCCUAAGAAACCAAGAGAGGCAAAGAAGGACCCUUCCAACCCCGCUGAGGUGAAAAGGAGACCAAAGAAGCCUCGAGAGGCAAGGAUGGCUUCCCAACUAGGUGCAGCCAAAGAGAAGGCUCCCAAGAAAGGUGGCCAGAUCGAAGACCAAGGGGCAAGAGUGAGUGAGGCCAGGAAGGCCUCUCAACAGCCAGACAAGGCCCCAUGGGCUCCUCCAAGUGCCACCGGGCUCAGUGAGAACUCAAAGGUCAAAGGCAGAAGGAAGAGCCAAGGUGGUGAGGCCCCCAGGAAGACAAAAGCUGGGAGUCAGAGUGUAAAAUCCACGGUCCCUAAGGGCAAGAAUGGUGUUGCUUCUCCAGCCAUAAAGAAGGAAAACCACAUUCCUAAAGAGGUCAUUGCCCAUGUGGCCAAGGAGGGGCCCAAAGCCAAGGCCUCUGCUCGUCCCAGGGGUGGUGGGUCUAAGACGGUACCUGAACCCCUGGCCAGGAAGAUAGAGGCCCCCAAGGGCCCGAGGAGGCCAGGCAUGCCCACCAAGGCCUCAUCAUCCAAACUGGCCAGUAGGAAGGGGGAGGCUGAAAGCUAGAGCUGGGGUGGAGACACGGAAAUCCUACGCGUUUUUAUUCCCCCCAAAGCUGUCACUCUAUUUAUUUCAUUGUAACCUAUUUAUCAAUAAAGACUUCUUUCCGUCACAAAAAAAAAAAAAAAAAAAAAAAAAUCCCCAUUUCCCCACUGGGCAAAAACCACCCUUUGCACUGGUCCCUUCUAGGCUUUUAUCCAUGCACUUGACCCACUGUCUCCCUCUCCCCACUGAUGAGCUUCUUAACUAGUUGGCCUCAUCUACCACCACCGCUUUCUCCCUCCUGGGACCCCUCAGACCCUCAAUCCCUACUGCUCCUGGGUGCUACUCAAACGAGACCCCUGAAAGUCAGAGGUAUUCCCCCCACCCCUGCCCGUGGUCCAGCUGCCCUGUACUCAUCACUCUUUACCCCCUAACCCUGGGUGUCUUAACCACCAUCUUCCUCGAAAUGCUUUCCUCCGUGGGCCCCUAUGACACUCCAC